AUGCUGUCGCCCGCUGCUCCAGCGCAGUGCGUCGACCAGAUCCGUUUGGCGAGGUUCCAGGCGGCUCGCUUAUCGGGCGUGGCCCGCGCCGUCGCCACCGUAGCACCCCCGGUGGAGUGCCACGGCCGCAGCGGAGGCUGGCGGCCGCCGCCCCCCACCAGCAGCGAGGGGAGCGCCCGGCAGGCCGAGCGCACGCAGAACCGGCAGAUCUUCUCCGGCAUCCGCGCGGCGUUGCUCAACGAGGGCGCCGAGGAGGACUUCGGCGUGGCGCUCCGCCCAGGCCUGAAGGACCGGCCUGUGGCGCAGUGCAUCGCGGCCAUCGGCGGCCGGGAGCGCGUCCCCGAGCUGACGAUCUCCGAGGAGCAGGCGCAGCCGCUGCGCACGCUG